AUGCCACCUCCAAAUCAAAAACCAGCACCGGAUCAACCAUUUCUAUUACCAACAGAACGAGAAGUAUCUACUAUACCUAAGUCAGAAGGAGAGGGUGACUUUUGGGUGUAUCCGUCAGCUCAAAUGUUUUGGAAUGCAAUGUUACGAAAAGGGUGGCGUUGGAAAGACGAUGAUUUAUCACCAAAAGAUAUGGAUGUUAAAAUUAAAAUACACAACAUCAACAAUGAGCUUGCUUGGCGAGAGGUACUUAAAUGGGAAGCUUUCAACGCAAGUGAAUGUAUGAAUCCAAAGUUGAAAAGCUUUGGUGGUAAAGCUAAACAUUUUUCUCCAAGAGCAAAAAUACGAAAUUGGAUGGGAUAUGAACUACCUUUUGAUAGACAUGAUUGGAUAGUAGACCGUUGUGGUAAAGAAGUACGAUAUGUUAUUGAUUAUUACAGUACAGAUAAUUCACCAAAUAAAUAUCAACUGGCUGUUUUGGAUGUAAGGCCAGCCUUAGAUUCAUUUGGUGCGUGUGGGAUUGUUCAAAAGCAGCUUAUUGGAGAUGGCGAUAAGAAGCUGAAAUGGAAAGAAAUAUUGCAAAUAAAAUAUAACAAUUAA